AUGAGUCAAACAAUUAUUGAUCCUUCUCCAAUCUCUCAAGGGAACGACGACGACACACCUUUGCCAGGCCACGAGUUUGCUCAGUUCAGCGCUGGAUGCUUCUGGGUUUACGAACUCGUGUUUCAGAGGGUUCCGGGGGUGACUCACACCGAGGUUGGAUACAGCCAAGGGAUCAUCCACGAUCCUUCGCAUGAGGAUGUUUUUUCUGGUACCACAGGUCAUUGCGCGGUCGUUAGGGUUCAGUAUGAUCCCAAGUCUUGUAGCUACGACUCUCUCCUUGACGCGUUAUGGACUUGGCAUAGUCCCCCUACGAUAUAUUUUCCUAAUGGAUAUGAUAAGGGACCUCAACACCGAUCAGGGAUAUACUUCUACACACCAGAGCAGGAGAAAGUAUCCCGCGAGUCACUAGAGCGUAAGCAGCAAGAAACGGAGCGCGGGAAGAUUAUGAUUGAGAUCUUGCCCGCUAAGAAAUUUUAUAGAGCUGAAGAAUGCCAUCAGCAGUAUCUGUCAAAGGGUGUAGAGUUUGGCCGUGAUCAAUCCACUGACAAAGGUUGCGAGGACCCUAUAUAUGUGGGUGGUGGUUCAUAUGUGUGA